AUGACCCCAGAAUGGCAGCCACCUAAGGACUAUCGGGAGCGUCCCGUUGCCGUUCUCGGCGCCGGUGUUUUGGGCCGUCGAGUCGCCUGCAUUUGGGCAUCGGCAGGGUAUAAUGUCCAAGUCCGUGACCCGAGCUCGGAACAACGCACAGAUUGCGUCAACUACGUGAAACAGAAUGUAGCUUCGUACGCCGAGCACACAGGAGCGGAGCCCGGCGAGAUUACAGUAUUCGAAGAUUUGGCGCAGGCGGUUAACAGUGCCUGGCUUGUUAUCGAAGCUGUUCCUGAGAAACUCCCGCUGAAGGUCGACACCUUCGCUCAACUUGAGAAGUUGGCCCCGAAUGACUGCAUCUUAGCGACCAACUCUUCUUCGUACAAGUCCUCGGAGAUGCUCGACAAGGUGUCUGCUGUCGCUAAGCCCCGUAUCCUGAACAUGCACUAUUACAUGCCGCCGCAAGUCAUGGUUGUGGAACUGAUGACUGACGGCUAUACUUAUCCAUCAAUCCUUCAGUUCCUGGUCGAGCGCUUGAGGGAAGCAGCCACUAAGCCAUAUGUUGCUAGGAAGGAGUCAACGGGGUUUAUUUUUAACCGAAUGUGGGCUGCGGUCAAGCGAGAGGCUUUGACGAUUAUUGCCGAGGAUGUUUCGACGCCGGAGGAGAUUGAUUCGAUGUGGACGGAGAUGUUUAUCAAGCCAGCAACUGUGCCUUGCAAGACCAUGGAUGCUGUCGGUCUCGACACGGUGUCUUUGAUUGAGAAACACUAUAUUGCGGAGCGAGGCCUCCCUGCCGACAAAACGGUCGACUUCCUCCAAACCAAUUACCUAGAUCAAGGCAAACUCGGAUCCAAGUGUCCCCAUGGUGGGCUUUACCCACCCGCUGAAGCCACCAACGGCGAUUCUCAGAGCGCCAACCUUUUGGUUCUCGACAUUGGCUUGUCAGCUAAGCAGCCGAGCUUGACAGCCGGCGAGGUCCUCGAAAUUUCACCGGCCGGGCGUGUGCAGCGGGUUCUCGCCAAAGGGCAAGCCCUACCAGAUGGAAUUGCCGUCGACCCCAACAGCAAGCGGAUGUUCUGGACCACAAUGGGUAUUCCCGGCAAGGAAGACGGGGCCGUGUUGUCAGCCAACUUGGAUGGAACUGACACUCAGACGAUCGUCCCCCCAGGAGCUAUUAAUACGCCCAAGCAGAUGACCAUGGACACAACGUCACAGAAACUCUACAUCUCUGACCGCGAGGGGUCCGGCGGCGGACCCAAGGGGACCUCGGACGCUGCUCAGACUCCGAUGAACUGGUGCGUUGGUAUUACGGUUGCGCCACAGUUUGGCAAGUUCUACUGGACUCAGAAAGGCCCUUCAAAGAGUGGACAGGGGCGUAUUUUCUCUGCAAAUAUCAUGACCCCCGAGGGCCAGUCAGCCUCCAGCAGGGACGACAUUCGGUGUAUUCUGGGAGGACUGCCGGAACCCAUUGAUCUGGAAGUGGAUGAAGAGUCCAAAACCCUUUACUGGACUGAUCGUGGGGAGUUGCCCAUCGGCAACUCCCUGAAUCGACUGCAUCUUGAUCAAUUCGGUCAUCCCUUGCCGAGCAUGUCUCCUCUGGGCUACGAGUUGCUCACCAGGAAUCUGCACGAAGCCAUUGGAUUGAAGUUGGACCUGCCAAACAACAACAUCUACCUGACCGACCUGGGUGGUCAUCUCUAUCGGUGUGACCGUGACGGGAAGAACAAGGUGACCUUGCUGUCCGAUGAAAACCGGGCUUUCACGGGGAUCGUCUUGGCUUGA